CUUAGCUUCUGGAAGCUUCACGCCCACCUUGGUGGGCUCCUGGAUGGACCGAAUGCUUAGCCUGCUGCUGGCUGCUGGGCUGGGCAGCGGCGUGGCCUUGGCCUUGGUACAACUGCAGGCCAAACGAAGGAAAGGGCGGCGCACGCGGGUGGCGCUGGUGGAUAAUGGUUCGUUAAAGCCUGAGGCCACCAAGUCACUGCGGCGCCUAGCGAGCAGCUUGUCGAAGCGCUCGCAGCUGCAGGUGGAGGCGGUCUCCGCACGCUUCGCGGAUCGCAUCAAGGCGGAGCACCUGGACGGGCGCAAAGGGGAAGUCUUGGAGGGCUGGCUGAAGCGGGUGAGCGAGGAGGAUCCUGCAGCCCAGGUGCGUUUACUGCCUCUGCUCAUUGGCCCCAGCGACACAUUGACCAAAUCAAUGCCUACGGCUGCCCGAGCACACAGCGGACUGGAGGUGGAGAUGGGCGCACCGCUGGUGUGCCUUUGCCCUGCACUCUUUGGUGGUGAGGUGACCGGCGCCGAGGCACUGGCUCAGAUGCUCCACGAGCGGUUGCAGGACAUCGAGCUGCAACCCACGGAUACGGUGCUCCUGUGCGACCACGGCUCCCCGGUGAUCCGGGUGGCCAACGCGAAGGUGGCCGUGCAGCGGGCGCUGGCCACGCUGCUUCAGCGUGACGUCCUUCCCUGCUGCAUGGAGCGGCGCGAGGGCGAGGCGUACGACUUCAAUGGCCCCUUGUUGGAAGCCUCCUUGGAGGCCUUGCCAUCGAAGGCCUCCGCGAAGGUGGCGCUGCUCUUCCUGCAGGAGGGCCGGCAUGCGGGGCCUGGUGGGGACAUCGAGAAGAUCAUCCAAAAUGCUGCUCAGAAGCGCCCGGACCUCUCAAUCCGGAGCACCUCCGUCUUGGCAGGCCAUCCGGCACUGGAGGAGCUGCUCUUGACACGCUUGGACAACACGGUGCCCUUGCGCUUCUUCCACUGAGCUUGUGAGCAGGUUUCAGGAAAUCAAGAUUUCUCCAGAUGACUGACUCGGGAACGAGCAAACGAAGCAAGACUAGUGAACUAAGUGGUUGU